AUGAGCCGGACCGAACCGUCCAACAUAUCUCCCCCCGCGCCCAGGCAGGGACUUGCAAGAGCCGCAAGCUAUAACGCCGCACUUCACAUUAGAGAUCUCCACGGAGCGCCUCCUACUCCAAACGAAGACCUCACAACUCCAGUUGAAAUAAUUACGCCCGAGGGCAAACGCGUCUUGAUUAAAAACUCUGGGAUUGUGCAUACGGUUUCGCAUAAGAAUUGUGUGCUUACCGAGUCCGCGUUGCAAUUGGUCGCAACCCUCUUCUACAACCCCAAUCAGUCCCUAAUCACAGUCGACGGAGAAGAAAUCAAUGUUGAGAAACAAUAUGUCAAUUUCGGACCCUACAUUUCAGACAUGGCUAUGUUCGAGUUCAUCCAGACAAUUGAUGAGUUGCAUGUGCCAUGGAAGAAAUGGGGGACCAACCAUCGUUGCCUCGACUCUGCUGAACAUCCAAAAGUCAUGGAGAUCACUCUGUCCAUGCCAGAAAUGUUACACCUUAGUGAAUUAAGAAGACACACUAGCCUAUGGAAGUUCGAGAGGAAGUGGAAUGUCGAGCUUGUUUUACAGGAGAAUGAUAUCUUCAGGCGGCACAAGCGUCUUGCUGUGUUCGACAUGGACUCGACAUUAAUCGAGCAGGAAGUUAUUGACGAGAUCGCCAAGUUCAUUGGGGUAGAGGACCAGGUUUCGUCUAUCACCGCCCGUGCAAUGAAUGGGGAAAUAGACUUCACAGAAUCUCUUCGACAGCGAGCUGCACUUCUAAAAGGAGUCCCCUCAACAGUAUUUCAGCAACUUAGAUCCAGCAUCACUUUUACCCCAGGUGUCCGCGAGCUAUGCCGUGCGCUUAAGACCCUUGGGUACAAACUGGCAGUUCUCAGUGGCGGGUUCAUUCCGUUGGCUGAGUAUGUUAAAGGGCAGCUUGAUUUCGAUUACGCUCACGCAAAUAAUCUCGUUGUUUCGGAAGACGGUAAAUUUCUCACUGGGGACCUUAGUGGCCCCAUCGUGCAUGCAGAGCGUAAAGCGCUCUUGCUCGAAGAGAUCGCCAAAGAGAACGGGAUCGCUCUUGAACAAACUAUGGCAAUCGGGGACGGUGCAAAUGAUCUACUAAUGAUGAAGAAAGCUGGUCUCGGCAUUGCGUUUAAUGCAAAACCUUCUGUUCAGGUUGCGGCACCCGCAAGACUCAACUCAGAAACCAUGCUAGACGUCUUGUAUAUCCUAGGGUUUACUAAGGAGGAGAUCCAGGCAUUACUUGCAGUUGCGGGCUAGGUGGGGUUGCCGCGUCUUUUUUUUUUUUUUUUACUUCUUCGAUCUAACCCAGUUUUUCACUGAGGUUUCUUUGUGCUUAUUUUCACUUUCUUCUUUUCGUUCAUAGCUAUGAGGGAGGUAGUGUAGCUUCAGGGCCUGUGUCCCC